GGAGAGAGAGUGAGGGGAAUACAGUAUUGGGGGUGAGAGAAGGGUUGGAUAGAAGAGGGUCGGGUAUCUGGACAUGCGCAGGGCCGCGGGACUCUUGGUGGGGUAGCGAGGGGAACGGUCCCACGACUGCUCCCAAGGGCCGGAACUCCCAGUGGGGGCGGGAUCCUCGGAGUGCCCGCCUGCGGACUCCCAAGCCUGGAGCCUGGGGAGAGGGUGGGCACCUCUGCUCCCGCACACCCGUGCAUGGUGUGUGCGCCGAGCGUCCAGGAGCCACGGCGGUGUCUUCCUUGCGCGUCGUUUACACGUGUGGGGGUAGGCGGCUCCCCGGGGCUGAGCUGUGGCCAGGUUUAUGGAGAGGCCCGCCUCUCCCCAGAUGGCAUCGUGGAGCCCUGACUCUCCAUGUUCCUGCGACUGCUUUGUCUCUGUGCCCCCGGCCUCAGCCAUCCCAGCUGUGAUCUUUGCCAAGAACUCGGACCGACCCCGGGACGAGGUGCAGGAGGUGGUGUUUGUCCCCGCAGGCUCUCACACUCCUGGGAGCAGGCUCCAGUGCACAUACAUUGAAGUGGAACAGGUGUCGAAGACGCACGCUGUGAUUCUGAGCCGUCCUUCUUGGCUAUGGGGGGCUGAGAUGGGCGCCAACGAGCAUGGUGUCUGCAUUGGCAACGAGGCUGUGUGGACGAAGGAGCCAGUUGGGGAGGGGGAAGCCCUGCUGGGCAUGGACCUGCUCAGGCUGGCUUUGGAACGGAGCAGCUCUGCCCAGGAGGCCUUGCAUGUGAUCACAGGCUUACUGGAGCGCUAUGGGCAGGGGGGCAGCCUGUCUCUUAUACACAUCUAG